AUGGCGCGGCGUGUCGUGAGGGGGCUGCUGCUGCUGGAGGCGGCGGGGCUGCUCGGCGCCCUCCUGCUCUACCGCGCCAUGGACCGCAGCCAAGGUGCGGAGAGGGGAGGCUCCUCCGCGCGGGGGCCGCCGGCGGUGCCCGCGGAGCACCGCGCACCGCCCGGGUUUUGUAAGGAAAUCCUGCCUUGUUGGCGUCAGGAGUUCGGCUUGGGUGAGUGCGGGUACGCAGGGGUGGCUUGUUGGGCGCACCCCCGAGGAUAUACCUCUGAAGAACGAGCUGCUACUGUAGUUUUACAAACCCAAGCCCGCGAGCAAUCCUUCGGGAGGCAGCACGCGACCACACCAGGAGCAAAGCCGACUCUUGCAUGUUUUUGUAGUAACAGCAGCGGGCCAGAUUUCAGAUACACAAUGCAGAAGAGGUUUCCAUCAGUUCUGGAAGUUUAUUACAAAUCCAAUGAGUGGUCUGGAAUUCAUGGCAUAAGGGAGAAUGACCAAAUGACAUGGUUAAGCAGCAAGAACUGAACCCUCUGUGCCUGAACUGUUUCUUCUUUUUGAUGAUGCUUUUCACAUCCCUGUUGUGAAGCCACUUGUCACGCUCUAUUUCCCACUGGAUCUGUUUGACAUCUGUAGGAGGCAAGGUGAGAAAUAGGGAGCCGAUGGAUACCUCUGACCAUGAUGUGGCAUACAGAUGAAUCAUGUUAAAGUUAAAAGUUGACUGCUGUAUUUAUAAAUGUUAAUAAAGUGCAAACUGCCUUUUUUUUUUUGAGAAA